CCGGUAAAUUGCUAUGCCACCCCUACACUCUCAAUUCAUCUCUCCACACUCUCUCUCUCUCAAAAUCACCGAAGCUCCUGCCUACAUGGCUACAUCGCGCAACCAUAGCUGAUCCUUUCUCCCCAAGGAACGGAGAUGAGCUUUCUUAUUUAGAGCCAGAUUUUCGAAGCGAUUUAAUCAACUUGAGUUUGCUGUUCUUAGCUUUGAAGAGCUUCAAUUCGUUACUUCUUGCUUCUGAAGCCCACGAGCCAGAAAAUAGUCGAUAUUACCGAGAAAGAAACAAAGAUGGUUUUCUUGUGCUGGGUUCGCCCAUCAUCUCAAGAACAGAAGGCCUGCGUUAACAAGUCUGGUGCCUUCAACUAUGACGCGAAGUUUAGAGGAGCCAGUGCUAAGUCCAUUCGUUCCCUACAAGAAGACAAUGAGCUCUCAAAAGAUGGUUUCUUAAUCAACCACGCCCGGGUUCUACUUGGUACUGGUGUUGAGACUUAUGAGAAGGGCAAGGGUGCCCUUCAGGGUUGGAGGCAUUUUGGAUUGAAAUGGACGUUUGUUGAUCCAAGCACUCCAAUUCAAAGUGGGGCGAAGUUCUGCGUCUGUGUAAAGGAGUUUCUACCAUGGAUCAUGAUGCCUCUGCAAGUAGUAUACGUAAGAGAAAAGAGAAACACGGAGGAGGUCUCUACUUCUUUUGGUUUUGGCAGUGGCACUCUUCAAGGUCACCUACUGGCUGGGGAAGAGCGUUUUUCAAUCGAGCUGGAUGAGAACAAUCAAGUCUGGUAUGAAAUACUCUCUUUCUCAAAGCCUGCCCACUUUCUCUCAUUUAUUGGGUACCCAUAUGUACAACUCAGGCAAAAAUAUUUCGCUCAUCAGUCUACCAAUUCUGUUCUGAAACAUUUGUCUCGUUAAUCAGAGGUCCCAGCAGAUUAGCAAGGGAAAGUUCUGGUCUUAAUAUUAUGUUUCUUCCCCCACUUUGUCAUUUCACAAUAUUAUCUGCAGCAUAUUUUUCUUAUGGUGUAUUUGAUGUAGAAAAUUCAGAUAAGUCAGUUUAAUUGAGAAAGUUUCACCAUAA